GUUUUCAGUUAAUCUAAGCAGUAGCUUGGUUUUAAAUCAAUACCCUCCUUCAAAACACUUCUUCAUUGAAAGCGAAAGUCAACAGCUUCCUUCGACGAACAAGGAAGCACUGAAAUCCACCGGUGGCGACCUUGGAGUUCUUCAGUACAACCGUAGACCGUACGGUUAAACCCGAUUUAUUUGUUGUCAUUUUUUUAUCGUUUGAUUAAUUUUUCGUCUUUGGACGUUACCAACCGGAGAAAAUGUUAAUUCACCGAGUGGACUGCUACACAUUUUAGCGGUUGACUGACGUUCAAAGGCUCGUCUUGGAAUCAGUAAUGAAAUCAGUCAGACCUAUAAAAUGUGCUUGCAUGCCCUCACCACGGCUAGUCGUCAGCGUUCCACCAAGCGUUACGCAUCCAAAUCGUUCGAUAUCAAAGAAAAUGAAGGUCUUUAUUUUGCUCUCAGUUGCGAUUGCCCUAGUGGCCUCUGCCCCUGCCGAAGAAUCGGAGAAGAAGGAAAAGCGAGGUCUGGUUGACUUUGGCUACGAGGAACCGUUCUACGAUCAUCAUGUAACCAAACACGUAACCGUCCAGAAAAACGUUGCCGUCCCGUACCCAGUGGAGGUUGAAAAGCACGUCCCAGUUGCCGUUAAGGUGCCCGUUCCGGUGCACGUCGAGAAGCAGGUCCCCUACGUAGUCGAGAAGAAAGUUCCCGUCUACAUUGAGAAGAAGGUUCACGUACCGGUCGAUCGCCCAGUGCCAUAUCUUGUUAAGGUGAACGUUCCCGUCUACCAGAAGGAAGUGGUCGAGGUUGCCAAACCUUACCCGGUGCACGUGGAGAAACCCUACCCGGUGUAUGUGAAACAGCCGGUCUAUGUGGAAAAGCCGUACGUUAAGGAUCACUACUACGGCAAGAAGUCGUACUGGCAUUGAGUGGGUGAACUGCUGCUGGAAAGUGAUAUUUUUUCGGACCUUGGACAGAUUUAAUAAAAA